AUGGAAGACCUCCCAGAUGCAAAAGCCCCCUUUUCUGUGUCUGCUUUGGCAGAUAGAGCUUGGAAUCGCGUGACUGAAGCCGCGUUCAAGAGCAGUUGGACACCAAUAGCCCGUCUCGCGGAAGCUGCUGUAGUCGCGUAUGUUUCUGUCUGGUAUCUGAAGUUAUGCGAACCAACAAGGGUGAUGCAAAAGAUCACAAUAGGUCAACUUCGUGUUCUGACGUACUCCCACAUCUAUUCGUUUCCUAUGCCAUCACCUGACAACGGCGAGGACCGAAGUCGAACAAACACAAGGCCCGAAUUAAAGGCAGAGCUUCGCGUCGUCAAUGAUGCUUUCUGGGUCCGGCUGUGUGCUAUGGGUGACCUAGGCUUCUCCGAGGCCUACAUGUACGGCGACGUUGAAUGCGACAACCUCGUCACACUGUUUCAGAUAUUUUUAGAAAACAGAGAAAACCUGUCAAAUAUGGACUCGCGUUUCUCUUUCCUCUUCACUUUACCACAGAAAAUCACUUCAUAUCGCUUCCUCAAUACUAUUGGGAAUUCUCGUUCUAAUAUCUCUGCCCACUAUGACAUUUCCAAUGACAUGUUUGCGGGUUUCCUAUCAGAAGAUAUGACAUAUUCCUGCGCCAUUUUCCCCGAAUUAGACGGAGAUCUGGCAGAGGGAAAGGAAGUUCAGAGUCGAUGGAGUGGCGGCCAAUCGUUAAAACGUCUCACACCUGACCGCGAGCACCAUCUUCUCCCACCAUCUCCCCCCUCAUCAGAACCAUGUGAUGCGUCCGAACCACUCACGCUCCCCACAGAAUUUGAACACCCUAACGCGCAUAUCGAGGCGAAUGACGACCCCCUAUUUGCUGCCCAGAUGCGCAAGCUCCAGCAUAUCAUCGACAAGCUUCACAUUCCCGACGCGCCGCCUGCUGGCAAGAAGCAGGGUCCUGUACGCAUUCUCGAGAUUGGAACAGGUUGGGGCGCGCUGGCCAUUCGUAUCGCGCAGCUCUACCCACACGUUGAGAUUGAUACCAUCACGCUUUCUAGUGCACAGAAGGUUUUGGCGGAGCAACGAAUAUCUGCACUGGGACUAGACAGUCGGAUCACCGUUCAUCUCAUGGACUAUAGAAACAUGCCUGCCCACUGGCAGGGCCGUUUCACACGCUUUGUUAGUAUAGAAAUGAUAGAAGCUGUGGGGAGGGAGUUCUUAGAAGGCUACUGGAAGAUUGUGGACUGGGCUCUAGAAAAGAAAGGGGGUGUGGGUGUGGUGCAGGUCAUCACCAUCCCCGAAGCAAUUUUCCCUGGAGGAUUCCUGCCGACACUAACGUAUCUCAUGACAACUUUGACAUCUGGCUCGAAAGGCAGCCUGAUAGUAGAGUCUAUUGACAAUAUAGGGCCUCACUAUGCGCGGACACUUAGGGAAUGGCGCAAGCGGUUUGUGGACAAAUUCGAGACUGUCAUUGUUCCGGCGCUACAGAAAGAGUACCUGGAGCGCAAAGAGAAAGCAGGAACGAAGGGAGGAGCGGCCAGUCUCAGCCAGGAGGAGAUAGAGGUUUUCAAAAGAAAGUGGAUAUAUUAUUAUUGCUAUUGUGAGGUUGGAUUUACAACCAGGACAUUGGGGGACCAUGUAAUGACCUUCACUCGGGAAGGGAAUCAAGCAUAUGGAUGUGACGUAUAUGAGUAA